GAAGCAGGUAGAGGUAGUCUGUUUGCUCACGGUGUGAACGAAGACACGGCAACACGGUGUACACAGGCCAAAGGCAGAGGACAAUGCCAGAGAGUGGAAGACACCAUGAGAGGAGAGAUGUGUACAACAGCAGGGACUAUUCACACAGCGGAGACCACAAUUCAUAUGACCCCAGAGGUCGCAACCAAAAGCUAAGAGACAUGGACGAGAGGGGCCUGGCUGGGGACAGGAGGGCCAAACAAAACAGAGACCACAACCAUGAAGGGCCCUCGAGACUGUCCAGAGAGACUUCAGUGUUUAACUCUGAAGGGGAGUAUUAUGAGCGACAGCACAAGCAAACGCUCUACAAUCUCAGAUACAUCCUGUCGACUAGAGGUCUCUGCCAAAUUAUGGAGCUGUGUGUUAACCUGCUUAUCGUCAUCUGUGCUGGAGUGCCAUACAGCAACAACGGGGGUUACCGUGACCUGGCCAGCCUCGGUGGACUCUACCAUUAUUACUAUGGUGGAGCCAAUGCCUUCACUGGAUCUGAUGCAGAUAGGGUGAAGGAGCUGGACCAGCUGUUCCAUCAGCUCAAGCGGCCUCCGUACGUCUUCACCAUGGCCUGCGGCGGGGUUUUGAUGAUCUACGCCUGUGCCAUGCUUGCCCUGGGGAUUUUCAGGGUCCCGUACCGCUGGCCCCCUGUGCUGCUGGGGGAGGCUCUGCUGAACCUCCUGAUCGGCCUGGGCUACAUCCCUGCGCUCGCCUUCUACUUCAUUAAGCUGCAGGAAACCUACAACGAUCCCAUCUGUAAGGAGAGAGAGCAGAUGUACAAGAGCAAAGGGCACAAAGGCUUUGAUUGCCAGUUUCACGGUGCAGAUAUCGCAGGAGGGCUCUUCGGGGUGCUGGGGGUGUUUGUUUUCGUCUUUGGUGCAGUGCUCGCUGUCAGAGCUUUCAGGUCAGUGCGGGAGCUAAAGAAGCAGAGGACAAAUGAGGACAGUCGUUUUUAAGCUGGCUUUUCUCCUUGGGAUUGCGCAGAAAUCCCUGCGACGAGAAAACAUGCAAGGUCUUGUCAUAUUGGGUGUAACUGGAUAGUCACUCUUGUUGAAUCUGUGAAUUUGUAUCUACUUUCUAUGCUUUGAGGAAGUUUUUUUUUUUACUUGAUUUUGUAAAAUGCUUUUUUUAUUUCCACCAUUCUUCCAGUUUACAUACCUUUGUACUGUUACAUAUAUGGAUAUAAUAAACAACUCAAAGUGUG